UCAACCCCUCUUCUCUCUCUUCAAAUCCCUCAAUCCGCGGGCAGAGCCCGAAAGCUUGGAACAAUGGACUUGGAAGAAGAGUAUGAUCCAUCCUACAACGAAGAUGAGGAAGAGGAGAUCACUCAGGAAGACGCGUGGGCUGUAAUCAGUGCCUACUUUGAAGAGAAGGGACUGGUGCGGCAGCAGCUCGAUUCCUUCGACGAGUUCAUCCAGAAUACGAUGCAGGAAAUCGUCGACGAGUCAGCCGACAUCGAGAUUCGACCCGAGUCCCAGCACAACCCCGGCCACCAGUCCGAUUCGGCCGAGACCAUCUAUAGGAUCAGUUUUGGUCAGAUAUAUUUGAGUAAGCCCAUGAUGACGGAGUCAGAUGGAGAGACUGCAACUUUGUUUCCCAAGGCUGCGAGGUUGAGGAAUCUGACAUACUCAGCACCCUUGUAUGUGGAUGUCACAAAGAGGGUUAUAAAGAAGGGACAUGAUGGCGAAGAGGUUACUGAAACUCAGGACUUCACUAAAGUCUUCAUUGGGAAGGUUCCCAUAAUGCUCCGGUCCAAUUACUGUACCUUAUAUGAGAAUUCAGAGAAGGAUUUGACUGAACUUGGAGAGUGCCCUUAUGAUCAAGGAGGGUACUUCAUCAUCAAUGGCAGUGAAAAGGUUCUCAUUGCUCAAGAGAAGAUGAGCACGAAUCAUGUCUAUGUGUUUAAGAAGAGGCAACCAAAUAAGUAUGCCUAUGUAGCAGAAGUUCGGUCAAUGGCAGAGUCGCAAAACCGGCCGCCCAGUACCAUGUUUGUGCGGAUGCUCUCUCGAGCUAGUGCCAAAGGGGGCUCUUCUGGCCAGUAUAUUCGUGCCACACUUCCAUAUAUUCGAACAGAGAUACCUAUUAUUAUUGUGUUCCGUGCUCUUGGCUUUGUUGCUGAUAAAGACAUAUUAGAACAUAUAUGUUAUGAUUUUUCUGAUACUCAGAUGAUGGAGUUGCUGCGACCCUCCUUGGAAGAAGCAUUUGUCAUACAAAAUCAACAGGUUGCACUAGAUUACAUUGGGAAACGAGGGGCCACAGUUGGUGUCACAAGGGAAAAGAGAAUUAAAUAUGCCAAAGAGAUCCUUCAAAAGGAAAUGCUUCCUCAUGUUGGGGUUGGAGAAUAUUGUGAGACGAAAAAAGCUUACUAUUUUGGAUACAUCAUCCACAGACUUCUGCUGUGUGCACUUGGACGGAGGGCAGAGGAUGAUAGAGAUCACUAUGGCAAUAAGAGACUGGAUCUUGCUGGCCCUUUGCUCGGUGGACUGUUUCGAAUGCUAUUCAGAAAGCUAACCAGAGAUGUCAAAGCUUAUGUCCAAAAGUGUGUUGAUAAUGGGAAAGACGUUAAUCUUCAAUUUGCGAUCAAGGCAAAAACAAUUACCAGCGGCCUCAAAUAUUCACUUGCAACUGGGAACUGGGGACAGGCAAAUGCAGCUGGUACAAGAGCUGGUGUUUCACAGGUGUUGAAUCGGUUGACUUAUGCCUCCACUUUGUCGCACUUACGAAGAUUAAAUUCACCAAUAGGGCGUGAAGGGAAAUUGGCGAAACCACGUCAAUUGCACAAUUCUCAGUGGGGCAUGAUGUGUCCUGCUGAAACACCGGAAGGACAAGCAUGUGGGCUGGUAAAGAAUCUUGCAUUGAUGGUGUAUAUAACAGUUGGAUCAGCUGCAUAUCCCAUUUUGGAAUUCCUGGAAGAAUGGGGUACCGAGAAUUUUGAGGAAAUUUCUCCUGCGGUGAUUCCCCAAGCUACAAAAAUAUUUGUUAAUGGUUGCUGGGUCGGCAUUCAUCGUGAUCCUGACAUGUUAGUGAAGACACUAAGACGACUGAGGCGACGGGUUGACGUUAAUACUGAAGUGGGAGUUGUUAGAGAUAUCCGCUUGAAAGAACUGCGAAUCUAUACUGAUUAUGGGCGUUGCAGUCGUCCUUUAUUUAUUGUGGAGAAACAACGACUUCUAAUAAAGAAGAAAGACAUUCAGGCAUUGCAACAAAGGGAAACCCCCGAAGAAGGUGGCUGGCAUGACCUUGUUACAAAGGGAUUCAUAGAAUACAUUGAUACAGAAGAAGAGGAGACUACCAUGAUUUCCAUGACUAUAAAUGAUCUCAUCACUGCAAGGCUCAAUCCAGAGGAGGCCUAUUCAGAUACUUACACCCAUUGUGAAAUCCACCCAUCAUUGAUUUUAGGUGUAUGUGCGUCAAUUAUUCCAUUCCCUGACCAUAACCAGUCUCCGCGUAAUACAUAUCAAUCUGCAAUGGGCAAGCAGGCCAUGGGUAUAUAUGUCACCAACUACCAGUUCAGAAUGGAUACCUUGGCCUAUGUGCUCUACUAUCCACAGAAGCCACUUGUUACUACUAGAGCCAUGGAGCACCUUCAUUUCAGGCAGCUUCCUGCCGGAAUUAAUGCAAUCGUUGCCAUUGCUUGCUAUUCUGGGUAUAACCAAGAAGACUCUGUCAUCAUGAACCAAUCGUCAGUAGACCGAGGGUUUUUUAGAUCACUUUUCUUCCGUUCUUACAGGGAUGAGGAGAAGAAGAUGGGAACACUUGUUAAAGAGGAUUUUGGUCGUCCAGAUAGAGCGAACACCAUGGGGAUGCGGCAUGGUUCGUAUGAUAAAUUAGAUGAUGAUGGUCUUGCACCUCCUGGGACAAGAGUUUCAGGGGAAGAUGUGAUAAUUGGGAAGACAACUCCAAUCUCUCAGGAGGAUGCGCAGGGUCCAGCUGCACGUUACACACGCCGCGAUCAUAGCACAAGCUUGCGCCACAGUGAAACCGGGAUAGUAGAUCAGGUUUUACUAACAACAAAUGCGGAUGGGUUGAGAUUUGUGAAAGUAAGGGUCAGAUCAGUGAGGAUACCUCAGAUUGGGGACAAGUUUAGCAGUAGGCAUGGGCAGAAAGGAACAGUUGGAAUGACAUACACACAAGAAGACAUGCCGUGGACUGUGGAAGGAAUCACCCCAGAUAUUAUUGUGAAUCCCCAUGCUAUUCCUUCCCGGAUGACAAUUGGGCAGCUUAUUGAGUGUAUCAUGGGUAAGGUUGCUGCUCACGUGGGAAAGGAAGGGGAUGCGACUCCUUUUACAGAUGUCACAGUCGACAACAUCAGCAAAGCUCUUCAUAAAUGUGGGUAUCAAAUGCGUGGGUUUGAGACCAUGUAUAAUGGUCACACAGGGCGCCGGUUAACAGCUAUGAUAUUCCUUGGUCCCACAUACUAUCAGAGACUGAAGCAUAUGGUCGAUGACAAGAUCCAUUCGCGUGGACGCGGUCCUGUACAGAUCCUUACAAGACAGCCCGCCGAGGGACGUUCUCGUGAUGGUGGACUCCGAUUUGGGGAGAUGGAAAGGGAUUGCAUGAUUGCACAUGGCGCUGCUCACUUUCUCAAAGAAAGGUUGUUCGACCAAAGUGAUGCGUAUAGAAUUCAUGUUUGUGAGCGUUGUGGGUUGAUAGCCAUUGCAAACCUCAAGAAGAAUUCUUUCGAGUGCAGAGGUUGCAAGAACAAAACUGAUAUUGUUCAGGUUCACAUUCCAUAUGCCUGUAAGUUGCUUUUCCAAGAGCUAAUGUCUAUGGCUAUAGCGCCAAGAAUGUUAACAAAGGAGAUUAAACCAGCCAAGGACCAGAAGAAGAAAGCAACUUGAUGUUCUUCAGCUCCAAGAAGCUAAACCAGCAGAAUAACAAAAGAGCAGUGCUUUUUGUUACUCUGGCGUUCAUGAAGUUAUCAAUACAAAGUGCGAAUGUGUUUCUACGGAUUGUUGUAUAAAGUACUAGGUGAGAUAUUCGGAGCUCUUGUUAGCAUGGUUUUAGCUUCCACUUAUAUAUAUAUGGAUCUCUUGAGGUUUUGUACCUAAGGGCAGGUGGUGUGAAUGAGCAAGAGCUUCACAUCAUUGCAGCUUGUUGGUUUAAGAUUGGGAGCUUGCAAGGAUUUUGGACGACCGCUGCUGCCUGGCUUAAGGAAUCAGCACAGUGGAUUUCGAGGUCUACUACAACUGUAUCCUGGGAUCCUGAAAUUUAUACUAGUCUCAUGUAGAAACACCGGUGAAAGACGGUUUUUUGCGCCGUAGUUGAGGACUUGAAUGGUUUCUCCAAGGAUAUUAUGAAAAAAAACGACUCUUUCUGUUAGAAAUUUUAUACUAACAUUGUCAAUCUUUAUCUUCUUCACUGUAGAGGCUUAGUGCCUAUGUGUUUACAUUAACAUUAACAAGCCUUAAUACUUUACUUGGCUAAAGAA